AUGGAUCGUGCCCUUCAGCAACCCGACUGUAGCCUUAUGGCUUCCCACCUAAGAGGUGCGGCCGAACAAUUCGAGCGAUGUGUGAACUUGCCCGCCGUGGACGGGGGUAGUCGUAUCCUGGAACGGCUGGAUGCGAUGACGGAACGGCUGGAUGCGAUGACGGAACGGCUGGAACGGCUGGAUGCGAUGACGGAACAGCUGGAUACGAUGACGCAGCAAAUCACUAUCCUACAAGAAACCGCGCAGCGGGGGUUUACCGACAUGGGAGAGAGACUCGAUGCCCUAGACCGGAAAAUAACAGUAACAUACGGAACGGCGGGGUUACACGGGUAUAAUAUAUUAGCUAAGUAUAGUAAAUACUUAUUAUAUAUAAAGGGAGAGGCUAUAACCUUACUUCUAGUUAAUAAAUUAAGGCUAGAUUUAGUAUUUUAUAAGUUAGUAGGGGUAGCUAUUAGUAUAUUUAAUAAAGGUAUUAUCUUAUACUUUAAAGCUCUCUUAGUCUUAGUAGCUAUUAAAUUAUUUAUAAAAGAAGAGGCUAUAUAUAAUAAAUUACGAUAUUUCUCUAUAUUAUAUAGUAUAGUAUACUAUAUUAUCUUAUUACUAAAAGCUAAUAACUCUAGGUAUUACCCUUUAAAGGCUAAUAAGGUAGGGGUAGUAGUUAAGAAUAGGGCUAGGGCUACUAUAAUCUUAAGCUAUCUAUUAACUAUAAUCUUUAAUAAGGUACUAACUUUAAUAAAUAAAAAUAACUUUUUAUUAAAAAUUAUUUAUAAUAUUAAAAAAAGCCCUCUCCUUAUAGUAUUUAUAAUAUCCUUAAGUCUACCUUUAUUAAUAGGCUUAGGUAUUAUAAAGGCUAUUAUACCUAAGGCUACUAUAGGUAUACUCUUAAUUAUACUACCUAUUAUUAUAUAUAAGUUAUAUAGUAUAAUAUACUAUACUAGUUUAAUAUUACUUAGUUAUAAUAUUAUAAUAUAUUCUAUUAACUUUAUAUUAUUUAAAGCUAAAGAUAAAGAUAAUAUAAUAAAUAGGUUAAAUAUUAUAUUAGUACUACUAGCCUUUACUUUAUUAAUACUUCUAUACCUUCUUAAGUACUACUUAAAGCUAGGAAUAAAGCCUAAAUUAAAUAAAGUAACUCUAGCUUUAAAAGAUAAUAAAAUAAAGUUUAAAAUUAUAGGUAUAUAUAGGGAGAUUAUUCUUCUAGCUUCUAAGCUGCUUAAAAUAUUAAGACUAUAG